AUGUCGACUCCAACACCAACUCCUACACCUACUCCUACAGUAGCUCCAACACCAACUCCCACUCCUGAACCAACAGUAGCUCCAACGCCAACUCCUACAGUAGCUCCAACGCCAACUCUGACACCAACUGCUCACGCAGGUCCUCCACCAAUGUCGAGUAGUCAUGGUAUAACAUUAAAUAAACCAACACCUACACCAAAAAUAACUCCUGUAUCACAUCCUAGUACAACUAACCCAGUAUCUGAUUCAAAUCAAGCGGAAAGAUCACAGGUUCUUAAAAGAGCUAAUACACCAACUGCUUCCCCUAUUAGAACACCAGAGCCAACUCCAAGAAUCACAAAGGCGCCAACACCUUCACCGACUGUUGAACCAACUCCAGAACCAACAGUACCUCCAACUCCAUCUCCAACUCCAUCACCGACACCUACAAAAGCACCUACUCCAUCUCCAACUCCGACUAAAGCUCCGACACCGUCUCCAACACCAACUAAAGCUCCAACACCGUCUCCAACUCCAGCUGAACCAACUGAUGCAGAAUCUAUUCAAAAUUGGUUAGACGAAGAAAAGCGAAAAGAAAAGGCUGCAAUUGAUGCUGCACUAGAUAAAAACACACCACCACAGACACUUGGUGGUUACAUGUUAAAGAAAGACAACAUUCAAAGACAAGAACGUGCAUUGAGUGUUGCCAGAGAACAAGCACAAGAAGAGAAGAAAAUAGUUGAAGGAGAAGCUUCAAAUAGAGGUGGUCCAGGAACUUACAAAGGAUCAAACUAUCCAGCAGAGAAAGCCUCGAGUGAUAAUGUUGUCUCAAGAGCUACUGAUUUAGUUACCCAUGGUAUUCUAACUGGUGCAACAGCUGUUGGUAGUGCUAUUGGAACCAGUGUUGACACUGUUGUUGAUACUGUAAGAACUGUUACAAAUCCUACACCUGAAGAUAGGAAGGAAGAAUUUCUUACUCUUAAUACAAAGGCAAAACCAGGGAUAUGGAUUGGUCGUGGAAUUUUAAAUGCUGGUAGUGCUAUUGGCAAUGGUGCUUCAGCGGUAGGGGGAUGGCUCGGAAGAACAGCAACAUCAACCGCAAAUGGAAUACUAACAGGUGCCAAAUCACUUGGUAAUUGGGCUGAUGAUAAGUAUACAAAAUAUUAUGAAGAAAAAGCUCGUAAGGCUAAGGAAGAAGCUGAACGAAAGGCGAAAGAAGAAGCUGAACGUAAAGAACUAGAGGAGCUUAAGAAGAAAGAAAAAGCUCGUAAGGCUAAGGAAGAAGCUGAACGAAAGGCGAAAGAAGAAGCUGAACGUAAAGAACUAGAGGAGCUUAAGAAGAAAGAAAAAGCUCGUAAGGCUAAGGAAGAAGCUGAACGAAAGGCGAAAGAAGAAGCUGAACGUAAAGAACUAGAGGAGCUUAAGAAGAAAGAAAAAGCUCGUAAGGCUAAGGAAGAAGCUGAACGAAAGGCGAAAGAAGAAGCUGAACGUAAAGAACUAGAGGAGCUUAAGAAGAAAGAAAAAGCUCGUAAGGCUAAGGAAGAAGCAGAUAGAAAGGCGAAAGAAGAAGCAGAUAGAAAGGCUAAGGAAGAAGCUGAUAGAAAGGCGAAAGCAGCAACACCAUCGCCAACUCCAUCUCCUUCACCAUCACCAACUCCAUCGCCAUCUCCAUCUCCUUCACCAUCAAUAGCGGCUCCUGUGAGACAAUUUGGUGCAUGGGGUGCUGAUUUAGUCAAAGAUGCUGCACAAGGAAUUGGAAAGGAACUGAAGAACACAACAUUAGGUACAAUAGAGCGUUUUGGUAAUCUUACGGAUUACACAAUUAGAUCAGCUGCUAAUCUUUUAUAUAACCAGACUACUGAUAACGGUACUGAUGAAUUGGCUGUAAACGGACUAGCAUCAAUUAAGAAAUCAGCAGAAGAUAAAUACGAUGAAUGGAAAAAGAAUAUUAAGGGUGAAUAUAAUAAGUAUGCAUAUCCUGAAGAACAUAUGAAGUUAGAGCUUACCAGACUAAGAUCAAAAUAUGGUAAUGAAACAACAAAUACUACAACGCAAACGACGAAAGCUGACAGAAAGAUUGAUGACACUCCUACUCCAACUCCUGCAAUGGCGAACAUCACAACAAUUGCUCCAAGAGUUCCAACAGGAGAAGGUAUAUCAGGAAAUGUUUCAACUACUCAUAACAUUACUGAAGCAGCUAAUGUUUCAGCAGUUGAGCAACCUGUUGUUAAUGUAACUCAGGAAAACGCUACUGAAACAUCAACACCAAGACAGGAUGUAAAUAAUGAACGUCCAGAAGUUAAGGAGGUUGCAAAAGCAUACCUGGAGAAAAAUACUACACAAGUUCUUGAAGCAGAAAAGCAUCUCAAUUCAGACAAAACACCAUCUCCAACUCCUGAAGCAUCAGUUCCUCCAGCAAUUGGUGGAAAUAUACCUUCAGUAUCACCAUGGCAGAAAUUUUAUGGAUUGUUUAAAGGAGCGAAUAAGGUAAUGGAUGCUGCUGAGAAUCUCCAAAAGUUCAAGAAUGAAGUCGCAACUGGUGCAAAGGAAAUAGAAGAGAAUGAUAAACAAGCUGCUGAAUUAGCUAAACAACAAGCUGAAGCAACUAAACAAGCAGCAGCUCCUAAACAAUCUAUAUCUAAGUCUCAAAGACAAGGUCCUGACCCAAGUGCUAA